GAUUUCUAUAAUGUGAUAACGAUUUCCAGUGAUAAAAAUGUUCCUAACGUUUGAAAUUGCAAAUGUUGCGAUUAUCGAGUGUACGAAUAUUUGAAUUUAUUUAUUUUUAUAACGAACGCUGUAGAAUAAUUGAAAAAUGAAAACCAAAUCGUCUGUAAAAACAAGCUCGAAUCAGCGAUUUGUUUUCAAAUCAAGGAAAGCAGAACGUAAGGCCAUGCGUCAAAUGAAAAAAAAAAACAAAAGACCCUUGCAACAAGUAGCUAAAGAAGUUGAUGCACAAAAAGUGGUAACAACAAAAAAAAAGUCACCUAAAACUUCCAACACAAUUGAUUGGCGAGUUAUGGAUAGGAAUAAAGAAAAAGUUGAAGAAAUGAAAUUACAAAAACAGUUUGAAAAAAGUCGUCGUGAACAAAUGAUACAGGCUAAUGAAGAUGAAGACAAGGAAAUCAAAAAAUUGGCGAAACAUUUAAAAUUGGAUAAAAGGAAAACUGUUGGGAAGUCUUUUGUUGAUGAUGGACUCGAUUAUUUAUUGGAUGUGUGUGAUCCAGAGACUCGUCAGAACUGUGCAACUUUAAAAGAAAGUUUGAUGGAUAUUGAUUCAAAUUUUGAUGAUGACUACAACACUGUUAAUGGUUUGAAAAUUAAAAAGAAUAAGAAAGAACUCAAGAUAAAAUCAAAAAAAAAAGUUACAUUUGAUUGUGUUGAUAAAAAUGGAACUGAUGAAGAAACUUUUGAUUAUGAACAUGAUGAUGUAUCUGAUGAAGAAAUGUCUGAUGAGGACGUUGAAGAUGAAAAUGUUUCUGAUGGUGAAGCUUUCGAGGAAUGUGAGAAUGAAGAUAUGUCUGAUGAAGAGUGUAAUGACCGUGAAGAAUCUUUUGAUUAUGAUGAUAAUGAUGAAAAACAAUCAUCAGGAACAGAAUAUUCUGAUAAUGAAUCAAAUAAUUUAUUAGAAACUAAUGAGAAUAACAAAAAAAAAUCUAAAAGUUUGAAAGAGGAUAUUUAUGGUAGAAUACGAAAACCUGAUGGUACUAUAGUAAAACAAUCUUCAGCUUACAUACCUCCACAUUUAAGGAAAAAAGAAAAUGAAGAAUCUGAACAACUUAAACGCCUCCGACAGCAAGUCAAAGGACUCUUAAAUAGAUUAGCUGAAACUAAUAUGCAUAGCAUUAGUAGACAGAUAGAAGACCUAUACCAAGUUAAUAGCCGAAAUGAUAUGAAUGAAACAUUAUACAAGUGUAUAACGGAUGCUAUUAUUCAUUCAGAAUGUAUUACACCUUACAGAAUAGUUGUAGAAAGUGGCACACUAAUAACCAUCUUACACACUAAUGUCGGAAGUGAAAUAGGUGCAUUUUUUUUACAAAAUUUAGCAACCAAGUUGAAUUCACUUAUUGAAAAUAAGAAUAUAAGAGUUGAAGAUAAAGAAUCAGAUAAUAUUAUGCUGUUAUUAUGUUGUCUAUAUACAUUUAAAGUGUUUCAUAACGGUUUCAUUUUUGAGAUUUUGGAUAAAUUAUUAAUUCAAUUUCAAGAAAAGCAUAUUGACAUAAUUUUAAGUAUUUUAAGAACUAUCGGGUUUAAUUUAAGAAAAGAUAAUCCUUCAUUAAUCAAAAAAUUAUUAUUAGAUAUACAAAAAAAAAGUUCAGAUUUGUAUGAAUCAACCAUAAGUUCUAGAGUGAAAUUUAUGUUGGAAAUUUUGUCAGCUAUAAAAAAUAACAAUAUAAAUAAAAUACCAACUAGUUCAGAACAAUGUUACUCAACAUACAUUGAACAUGUGCAAAAAAUGAUACGUACGUACUACAAAUAUAAUAAAACGCCUGCAGAAUUAGCUAUAUCCUAUGAAGAUUUACUUAAUGCUGAUAAUAAAGGUCGUUGGUGGAUUGUUGGUUCAGCGUGGAAAGGUGAUGAACAGAAAAAUACAAAUAUGGUACAAAAAAAAGACCUGUAUGAUAAAAAACUAUUGGAAAUGGCAAAAAAAUAUCGUAUGAAUACUGAUACCAGGAAAAAUAUUUUUUGUAUUCUAUUUACCGCUGAAGAUUAUUUAGAUGCAUUCAACAAACUUGUCCGGUUGGGUUUGAAAGGCCCGCAACAAGAAGAAAUAGUCAGUGUAAUAAUUCAUUGUUUAUUAGUUUAUAAAGUUUAUAAUCCAUUUUUUGCUUAUAUUUCACAACAACUAUGUCAAUCUGACAGAAAAUACCAGGCUUUUUUCAAAAAAUCAAUCAAUGUACGUUUAGAAGAAAUUAGAGAUUUGAAAAAAAAUCAAAUACCAAUUCUUGCAUCAUUUUUAGCACAGUUGUUACGCAAUAAUUCACUCCCUAUCACAAUUUUAAAGAAUGUUGACUGGGGAAGUUUGAAUAAACUGAUGGUUAGCUUUGUCCGUCAAACUUUAAUCAAAGUGUUACAAGAUAUAAGUGAGGAAGAAACAACAAAUAUAUUUUUAAAAGCAUCAAAAAAUCCAAGUUUGCAAUUUUUCCGUGAAGGACUAUCAUUAUUUUUAAGUCAUUUUCUCAUUAAAAAUGCAUCAAAAGAUAUUAGUGAUGAUAAAUUGAAAUUGUUAACUAAUAGAGUAAAAGCAGCACAAGCUGCACUAAACCAUAGUUAGAGUCAGUGUGUACGCUACAUGCAUCUAGAAGCCCUGAUUUGGUCUAAUUGGAUUUCAGCAUACUAAUGACAUUAAACAUAAUGUUCAUUAUUCACUUUAUCCUCAACUUUUGUGAACGAAACAUUUCAUUAUUUUAU